AUGAACCUGAAGAAUUAUUUCAAACAGAAUAGGUUAAAGAACCUCAGGAAACUGUAUGUGCUGGUUACAUCGAGAUACGUUUCUGCCGUAAAGGGCGGCAAAGCCGCCCCGGGAGGCUCCCAGCUGCAGCUCUAUGCAGCCCCGCGGCCGCCCUGCUUCCUCGCGAAGCGGGCUGCAGCGCUGGGCCCCGGCGUGACCGAGGGCAGGGGAACCCGCAGGUGCGAGACCUGUGGUGAAGAGGAAGCCAAGUACCGAUGCCCACGAUGCAUGAAAUACUCCUGCAGUUUGUUGUGUGUAAAGAAGCAUAAGCUUACACUGAGCUGUAAUGGAGUCAGGGAUAAAACAGCAUUUGUUUCAGUAAAUGAAUUUACUGACUUGAACCUUCUAAGUGAUUACCGUUUCCUGGAAGAUGUAGGAAGGACAGCUGAUGCUGCUGCUCGAGAUGUUUCUGUGCACAGGCCAACAACAAAUAAAUUUAUAAAUUACUUGAGAAAUAGAGCUCGGAGGCAUAAUAUCAACCUGAAAACUCUUCCCAUUGGAUUUACAAAAAGAAAAGAAAAUUCAACCAUCUUCAAUAAGAAGGAGCAGAAGUUCUACUGGCAUUUGAAACUGGUGUUUCCUCACAGUCAUGCUGAAUACACGUUAAAAAGGGUGCCAGAGGAUAGAACACUCACUGAUAUCCUUAAGCCCUAUAUUGAUCCAGUGGAGUCAGAUCCUGUAGUUUGUCAAAGAUUAAAAAUCUAUACAAUGUCUCUUCACUCAGAUGUGCAAAUUUUAAUGAAAAUAGAAAACAGAAGACAGAACUCCACCAGGUACCAUGAACUGGAUGCCAGUAAAAGCCUGCUAGACAAUUUGAAAGACAAAGUAAUAAUUGAGUACCCAACUCUAUUUGUGGUCUUGAAAACACUGAAGAAUGACAUGGUGGUUCUUGGCCAAGAUGACAGUGGAUCUGCUGAGGACUCGAGCAGUGAAAGUUCAUCCCUUUCAUCUGAGGAAGAAGGGGAAAUUCGGGAGAGUUCAUGACAAUUCUUUGAGAGAAGAGGGUGGGAUGUGCCUUUCAUAUUCUUUUAUUUAAUUCCAUUUUUUAUGUAACUGAGUUCUUUGAGGUUCAGUUUGGAAUGCUUUACUAAAAAGAGCACUUCCAAAUUGCCUGUUCAAUUCUGGAUUUUGUAACUUAUAUUUAGAUGUGUAAA